AUGACGCUCCCACCGCCGGAACCCGCCCCCACAGCAGCGACUACCGAUACAAGUAUUACUACAGACACUGACGCUAGCACUCCUACUACUACUACUAUCAAGUCCGCUGUCAGCCAUGUGAGACGAUCUCGCAAGCAGCGCGUCCGGAUUUCACCCGACACCGAAGAACCCGUUCCUUCCGCAGACAAGCUGCGGGGCAAAUCGCCGCUUCGUCGCGUUGGCACUACCGUCCCGCAAAAGGCCGGACCACCGUUGCUCCGCAGCAGCACAGUCCCUGAAAACUCGCUGUCGCAGAAUCGUAGUCGUCGUGCUCUUCCAGCCGCUGACACAGCUCAUAAAGACACGGCCACGAGCAAAUUGUUGCAAAAGAUUAGUAACCAUGUCCCCAACAAGCUGCGGUUGCGACCGGCCGAAGAACCCACCCGGCCCGUGGAUCCCAUGCAAGUCUCGUUGGAGCAGUACCAUUACAGCACGCAGGAUACGUUGUCCAUUGUGACGGAUCGCGAAGCCUUUCAGAAUCUCAAACAGUCUCUGCGGCAACGCCGCUGUGUGACCAAUGCCUAUUUGAAAAUGAAUUUUCAUUUCUACGUGCAGCACUGCAAACGGGUACGAGAAGCGCGUCAUCAGUAUGAACUCAAGGUAUUGAAACAACAACGCAAAGAAGCAGGACGAGUCAUGAGUGACAGCACCAGUCGAGCCACCGCCGUCAAAAAUCUUCAAAUGACGACGGACUAA